GCGAGAGAUAUUUCAUUGAAAAUGCGAGGCACAUUGGGCAGUCAGUGUCGCUUUGUCACAGGAAUAGAGCAGAGGUGGCCUGGGGACGUGGGAUUCUUGAGCCAUGCAGAGGACGCAACUCCGGGCUGGCACUGAGAAGAAAGUCUGGACGAUUCAAUUUUCCAGGGAGGAGGAAGGAAAAGAAAAAACAGGAGGAGACGCAAGGCAUCGGGUCCACUCUUGGUCGUAAAAGGAAGGACGAGACAGCCCAUAUGAGCGCACCAUUAAUGCAGCUGCCACAGAUUUCUCUGCGGCUUGCGGUACUCUUGUAGUUCCAACUGCAAGCACUGGAUGGGAAAACAAAAAAAAAAAACAAAAGGAGAAAAGCAGGAGGACGAUGAGACGAGCUUCACCGUCGUCUUUGGUUUCGGUGAACAACGCAAUGGAACAGGAGGAACAACAUGGUGGUGUAAGAGGCCAAGUGAUAGACAUUGAGGAGUUCCCUCGCGGGACGAGGUGAAAGUAUUUUAGUAUACAUCACUGGGCCUUUAUUCUAUCUCUGAGGAAGCAGGAACUUCGGGUUGAAUAGUAGCGGUAGUAGUCAGUCAACAGGGAAUGCUCGAGAUCAAUUGAGUCGACGACGGCAGUAUAAAAGGAAAAAUCUCUGGAACAGCAAACCAGGACGCUCUCCGUCAUCUUCCUCCGAGCUCCUCCAGCUGAAACCUCUCCUGCGAUGGCGAAAUUCGCAUCGCUUCUACAGCUCAUUGCUCUUCUUCUUCAGCUGGCCGACUGUAGGAAGCUCAAACAGCAGCAACAGCACGGAGACUCUUCGACAGCUUCACUCCCGACGACUAGUAGCAACUGUCUUAAAUUCGAUUCCACCGGUCUCAAAUGCGACCAGACUUUUCCAGAGUCAAUCGAGAGAUCCCGGCUGCUGCUCGCGACUAAACCAGAAGAGCUAGUGACGGAUCGAGCGUAUGAAUCCAGUCCCCCAAAGCGAACAAAUCUCAGUGACGCUUCUUCCGCCACCGCUGCGACUUUGGACGACGAAUUCACCGCUCCAUCGACGAGAAAGGAGCUGAGCGAGGACGAUUUCGAGGAGACAAUGAGGACAGACUACGCUCCAGUUCGUCGCAAGCCUCCCAUAAACAACGAAGUUCCAUUCUUCGCCAGUGACACGACGCGAAGAACUUCUCCUUGAUCAAUGCUUUUUACUCCUGUACAUAAUCUAUCAUCGGUGACUCUUGGGAUUCGAACCUGACACCUAAUUAGAUUCUUUUUUGUACC